CAAGCAGCGAGAAAAAGAUAUGAAGAAAUAAAAUUGGGCGGACAAACGACCGUAUGUUUGACAUCGUUUUUAUGAUGUGAGUGGGUGUGACGAAUUUCAAACCAAUUGUCAUUGUCUAAUAUUAUGUCUGCAAGUAAGUCAUGUUCAUCAGCCGAUAAAAACAGUUCUGCUACGAUGGACCAUCAUACGAGAUGCUUCCUGGGCAAGCGUUCAGCUGUCAUCUUCCUGGUGAUCUACACCAUCCUGAUGGGCUUCAUGUUCCUCUCGUAUCUCUACACACCGGACGGCAGCACGAGCAGUACCAAUCAUCCCGGCGGUAAAGACGUCAUCGUCAUCAAGAAGAGCGCCGUCAGGACGUUCUCAGAUUCUGUCGAUCCCGACGGCAGGAUACGUAUGGGCCUGAACCUGCCGAAACCUGGGAACCCGGCUCUAGUCAAGACUCAUUUUAAAUCACUCCGAACGGGACAGCCAUUAAAAAAAAAAUGCAAGAAAUGUGCAGUUAUAUCCAGCGCUGGGCACAUGCUGGGAAGCAAGAGAGGUAGAGAGAUUGACUCAAUGCCCUGCGUGAUCCGCAUGAACAAUUCCCCCAUAGAGGGCUUUGAGGAGGACGUAGGUUCAAGGACUACAAUGCGCGUUGUGUGCCAUAUGUCGACCGAACCGGUCAAUGCCGAUUCGGGUAACCUCCUCAAUCCAGCUAACAAGCAGAGUCGGCCGGAGCAGAUCGUUUUCUUCGGCCUCAAUGAGCCUAACCACAGAUGGGCGUUGGAGAAAGCGGAGAUCAUGGUCAAGUCGUACCCAGAGGUGGAUUUUUAUUCCUUGGACGAAGUUGGAGAGCUGCAGUUUGAUUUGAUCUUUCAGAAUGAGACUGGCAAAAAUAAGUACGAUACCAACACUUGGUUAUCAACAGGAUGGUACACCAUACUUCUCGCUCUGGAUAUGUGUGAAGAGGUCCAUAUGUAUGGCAUGGUGAAUGAGAACUAUUGCGAGAAUAACCUAGAUUCCAAGAUCCGCUACCACUACUUCCAGACAUGGGACAACCCCACGGAGUGCGACUAUUACAAGAGCCACGAGGACACCCGCUACCUCGGCGGUCAUCGCUUCAUCACCGAGAAGGCCAUCUUCAGCCGUUGGGGAGCCAUGUUAAAUCUGACCUUCCACCAGCCCGAUUGGGAGCCUCCAAAGCUAGCCGACGUCCUCAACAAGCCCCUGAAGACACCCUUCGUCUCGAGGGACGAGGGCGACAAGAGUGCCGUUGGAAAGCUCCUUGAGAGUUUUGCAAAGUGGGCCUUUGGAAGUAUGAUGUAAAGGGAUUCCAGCUUUUAGGGGACCGCGCAGUACUACAUACAUGCUUUCUGGUUUUUCCCUUUUGCAACAAUAGAACCAAACUUUGUUCUCUUUUCUGUACCAGCAGGAGCUAUCGCAUACCGGUAAUACUUCUUUGGAACCGUAAGUAUUGUAUUGUCUCCAUUUUACUGCCUGGUUGCAUCAUUAACAAAAAAAUUACGAUGAUUGAAAUCGACAACUUUAUCUUUAAUCUCUAGUAUAUUAAAUUCAAGGAUUAAUUAUUUGUUUAGGAGUGGUAAAAAGCUCAUUCUUUACUGUUCCAAUGUUCCAUUGCCAUCUGAGUUUUUGAUCAUUCGGAUGUUAAUUUUUGCAAUUGAUAUUUUACAAAGCUUGCUUUUUGAAAUAUUCAGCAACGCUUGAGUGAUUUGGAUGCCAUUCAAUGUGAUGACAUGAAUUUCUAUUACUUUCUAUAACCACUUACCAGUACAGUCAAGUCUGUCUUAUUGACCACCUCUAUUUAUAAAGGUCACCUGUCUAUGGUGGUCAUCUAUU